AUGGCUUCUUCCGAUUAUUUCUCUGAAGAGGUGACAAUUAGUGAUGAGCCAGAAAUUCUCGAGAGCUUAGCUCCGAUAGCUGAUCUUGGGCUCGAAGAAUCAAACGAAAAUACACAUCCUAACAUCUGUCUUAACUCUGGAAAUGCAACUGCCAAUCUUGAGUUAUUCUCCCACUUUGAAACAACCAGUCUCGUGAAUGGUCUUGCAACCAGGAAAUCGAACUACAUGGGCGAGAAGACAAAUAUGGAGAAUCUCGCCGAUGGUCUCAUUUCUUCGUUUCAAGAUGAAGCGACUCUUGCGGGCUUCAAGCCGAGUUCGGGAAGCUUUCCAGAGCUCUGGGUCUCUGUAUUGAACGAACUCAUGAACAAGAUUGAACGUGUGAAGUCGGAUAUGGCCUCUGAUAUAUACGUUGAUCAAAAGUCCCCCGAGUUGGGAUUGGGAGUCAUGGGAAAAUCGGAGGAGGUAACAAAAGUUGCCGAGUUACUGAAACGUUUGAACCAGAUCGAAGAACACUUAGGAACGUAUCAGGAAUACGAUUACAAUCGGUCAGUCAAUUCGCGUCUGACUGAGAUGAGUCAGAAGUUGGAAUUUAGCAAUCAGAUCUUGUUCGAUGAUAACGAUACAACGUUAAAUAAUAUCAGGAUCAAUGAAUCAGCCUUAGGACAGAUUAUGAAAACCCCAAACAUAGCAAUCACUUGUCAGAUCGAGUCACUAUACAACAGGAUGGGCAAGCUCGCAUUUUUUGACCCUUCAGCUGGCAGCCUGGUAAAAAAAAUCAAAUCAGUUGGACUAUUACUGACUAAAGUCGAAUCCUCGUGUGAAUUCCUAGGAAAUCUAAGCGCGGAAUUUGAAGAAUUGAACUUGAAAAUGUCAAUGUGGGAACGAAAGCUCGAUCUUCUUGAAAAUCAAAUAACUGAGAGUCAUGAAGUAUUCCUGAGAAAUAAGAGUGAGAUAGCAACAUGGGUUUCGCAUUUGGAGCAUAAAUUGAAUCCUUGA